CUCCAUAAUGUUUGGGACAAAGACAUAUUUUUUCUAGAUUUGGCAUUGAACUCCAUGAAAUUCAAAGAGGGACAUGUUUGAAACUGAUAUGCAUUCUGUUUUAUGGAAAGACAACAGUGCAGCGUUAGCAGUGUGGCCAGCCAAAUUGAGCUAACGCACGGGUAAGGUACCAGUGUUGUAUUUGAACUCAGCUACUCUUUUGCAUAAUUCUCGAGUGUUCUUUUGUGGCGCAAUGCUUACUGCAUAGCUUUUAUCUUCAAUUUGUGUUGUUUGGCAAAGACCUCUGGUCCUUUAUUGGUUUGCCAAUAUUCUCCGAUGUUUGCAGUGAAGGUGCACGUGCAUCAAUACAUGGUCAGUUUCGACUUUGUGCUUUAGGCACGAUUCAGUUAAUCCUUUAACUGAACGGGGUAGCAAACCAGCCAUGGGACACGCUCGACUGCAAGACUUCAAGUUAGCUUGCCAGACCGAUAAAGCGCAAGACAGUUUUCCGCUUGUUUGGCCGGGCCACUGAGAGUCCAGCGGCUAGGCGUCCCGGAAUCAUUUCCAUUUCCUGGCCUCUUUUUUGUCAUGGCAUCGCCGGAGCUGCUUGGUGAAAGAGAUUUGGUGGAGGCCCGUCAAGACAUACACGUGGAGGAGGACCGCGCCGAGCUGGCCAACGGUGUGCCCUGCUCCUCCCUCAAUGCCGCCGGCGAGGACGGCAGCGGGGGUCACCACAGUAAGCGGGGUCACCGAAAGGGCAUCCGGAAACAUCGGGACUACAUCAAGAUCUCUGUGCCUGAGAGCAGGGGCACCAACCUGCCCCUGGAGUGGUGGAAGACCGGCAUCGCCUUCGUGUACGCGGUUUUCAACCUGGUCCUGACCACGGUCAUGAUCACGAUCGUGCACGAGAGGGUCCCAGCCAAAGAGAACAACCCGCCCUUGCCGGACAAAUUCUUUGACUACAUUGACCGUGUCAAUUGGGCGUUCUCUGUGACGGAGAUCAACGGGAUGGUGCUUGUGGGAAUCUGGUUCGUGCAGUGGCUUUUCCUCAGAUACAAAGCGAUCGUGGGCAGACGUUACUUCUUCCUGAUGGGAACCCUUUACCUGUACCGCUGCGUCACCAUGUACAUAACCACCCUGCCUGUGCCAGGCAUGCACAUGACCUGUGCCCCAAAGCUGUAUGGAGACGCCCAGGCAAAGGUGCACAGGAUCCUGCAGCUGAUAUCCGGGGGCGGUCUGUCCAUCACCGGCUCGCACAUCAUGUGCGGCGACUUCCUGUACAGCGGCCACACGGUCAUGCUCACUCUGACCUACCUGUUCAUCAAGGAGUACUCCCCUAGAAGCUUCUGGUGGUACCACCUGAUGUGCUGGCUGCUGAGCGCGGUGGGCGUGGUCUGCAUCCUGGUUGCGCACGAGCACUACACUGUUGAUGUGGUGGUGGCCUACUUCGUCACCUCCCGCCUGUUCUGGUGGUACCACACCAUGGCCAACGUUCAGACCCUGAGAUGUUCAGCAUACAACUACCUCACAAACACGUGGUGGAACCCUGUGUUUAACUUCUUCGAAAGGAAUGUCCAGACUCAGGUGCCCUGUGCAUUCUGUUGGCCAAUCACCUGGCCUCCUGCCUGCUUUAAGAACUCCUGCAAGAGAUACUCCAUGGUCCAGAGCAUACGAGAAGAAUGAGGAAACUACACAUUGAGGCCUUCACUACCAGUGUUGCAGUUAGCACGAAGCCUUCUUUGUAGUCAAAUCUCUAUGAUCUACGGGACAAAAAGGUACAGGAGAGCUGCUGAAGCUAAGACCAAAGACAAUGCGAAAAGGUAUAUAUUUGUGUACCAUUAGAGGGUACCUGUCACAUCAUGUGAAAUUAGCAGUUUUAUCAUUCUCGUGUAACCCAGGAUCCUUUAUCUGUUCUAUUUUUGUUCCAAAAUGAAAACUGAGAGUGUUUUAUUGUUUAAAAUAUGUUAAUUAUUUAACUACUGUAACUCAAGUGAACGGGCUUGGCUGCAAAAACAAUCAAAUUAAACAACAACAACAACAACAACAAUAAUAAUAAUAAUAAUAAUAAUAAUAAAAACAGAAGAAAGAAUUUUUUAAAAACAACCACACUGUCACAUUGUUUACUGAACUUUGCUUCAGAGUUUGUUGUCUUGUACAAAAUCUCUUUGGCUGAGCCUGCAGCCACCUUUACUUGGUGCAGUUUGUACAAUUAUACUAUAGGCAAAAGGAAGACACCCCUGUGUAUUCUUAUGUCUCUGAGUUCUGCAGACAGAAAAGCUUUCAGAUCUGUGACUUUCUAACAUAAAUCAAAUAAACAGCUGUGCAAUAAGUGGUCUGUGACAAUCAUCUUACAGCUGAGGCUGAUCGUAAGUAUAAUCAUCACAGCCUUGGCAAGCCUCAUUGACAACAGAGCAAAUGCAUCUUGUUUACAAGAAGGCAGUGCUCAUAAGUUGUUUUUUAAAUGGGGAACACAGAACUGAAUUCACAGAUCUGUGGCUGAGCAGAAGUCACUCUUUCUGAUGCUGUGGGUGCUGAUCAAAUCCAUGCAGUAUCUUGCUGGCAUUUUUACAAUGGAAUUGAAGGAACUGAAUUCUCAUUUAUGAAUAUUAUAUUUCCUUUUUGUAUGCAUUUUUAGUUCAGAUUGAGAAAAUUUUGAACUUUCUCUUGUUACUGUUUCCUUUGUUUUAUACAUUUUGUCUGAAUUUUAUUAAUUUGCCUUGUUAAGGUAUGAAUUUGAGUCUGUGUUACAUGUUUAUAAGUGUUGACUUUAAAAUGACCCUUUUCUAUAGAUGAGCAUUUACCUUUUAAUUGGCCAAAACAUUUGCCGUGUGUCAUUUGGUACCUGUAUGUUAAUAUUGAUUAACAAACUUCACUUACAUCAACAUUUUUAGGAAAAAAAAACAUGUAUUGGAGUUCAGUGUUUUUAUAAUUUAGUUUUGUCUUUUUGGUAUUUAAUGAAAACUGUUCAAGCAGUUUGAAGACUUUGGCUAGGAAAAUAGUCAAUUUAUAUGAAAUGAAGUGCUUUUUACGGACAUUUCGGGCAAAAAAAUGGCUAAACAAGCUGCACAAUUAGGCUUUGGAUAUUAAUUCCUAAUGCACAUUGCUUAUGCCCAAGCUUUAAAUCACAGGCAAGUUUAACUUAGUGAAACAUUGCACUGGAUCAUAACAUGGUAGUGUAUUACUGUGGGCUUGUUGCCUCUGAAUCUGCUGCGUCUUUUGACAGUUUUUUAAAAAAUAUUGAACCACAUUCACAUAGAAACAGCGCUUAUGAACUAAUAGAAUGAAGCUCUAAAUUGUAUAUUUAUUAAACUGUCUGUUAUUCACUGCUACAGAUUACAAACAUACAAUGACUAUAGUUUUACGCGUGGUGGAGGACUCCAUAGAAACCUGAAAAAUUCCAGAAAAUUAAUACUAUGUCUUAAGACUAUUUUUUAAUAAAUCUCUUAUUUAACAUUGAUUUUAUCUUUUAAGAAAGAUAUAAAUCAGGAUCAGUGUUCAUGUAUUAUGUGCCUUAAGAGUUGUCAAAUAGUGAACCCAUUCUAUAAAUGAAACUAUCAAUAAUAGUCUGAAUUUUUUGUGUCAUCAACAUACCAAUGUGUCAUUGCCAUUAUUGUAUGUACUGUAUGCCUGAAAAAUGACUGUUAUGAAUAAAAUAUAUAU